AGGAGGCGCAGGGCGUGACUCCUCGGCAAGAUCUUAAAGCGGCCGCUUCUCAGCCUUACGAAAAAUAUUUAUCAUGCUCUGCCCUGCUGGGGGGCCUCAAAGAGAAGCUGAAAGACGAUCACCAUCACUCUUGAAAACAGUAAAUACUGCCGUUCUUGCAAGGCAGGGUCUAUAUCCCUUUACUCGAACCCCGCCAUGCCGCCCCCGCCCCCGAGACAGGUUAAUGUCUUCCUCCUCGCUGCCGACAACCCCCUUGAACUCCUUACCCUCCUACGAGAAAAUCUCUUACUUGCUUCGUCACAAGAUGAGCACGGAUACUCUUUGAUGCACGCGGCGGCUUCAUACAAUCAUCUAGAGCUUCUCCGUGCACUUGUCAGCGAGUUCCAUGUCAACGUCGAUCUCAAGGACGAAGAUGGAGAGACAGCUCUGUUCGUUGCCGAAACAGUGGACUGUGCUAGAAUACUGGUGGAAGAACUACACGCGGACAUCACCAUUGUUGGCGACGAAGGCAAGACAGCAAGAGAGAAGUUCGCGGAUGAGAACGAUUUUCCAGAGGUAGCAGUAUAUCUACGAAUGAAGGAAUUAGAAUCUCAGGUCAACGGCUCCUCUGCAGCGAAUGGCAUCCACUCCCCACCGGCUCUUCCAGAAGGCGUACAGGUUAACAUUGGGACUAUGGCCGAAGAUGAAGCAGGUGAAGUCGCGGAUCCCGAGUUCAGGCGGAGAAUAGAAGAGUUGGCCGCACGAGAAGAUUUCCAGGGCGAAGAAGGACAACGAGCUUUGAGAGAGCUUAUAACAGAAGCACUUCGAGGUGAAGUAGGUCAAGAACGAGAAGUGCGGCAACGUACAUCUUGAUUGUGGA